AUGGAGUGUGAAGUUGAACUGCAAGGGGGAGAUCUACAUGCAGGGGUGGUAACUGAAACAAACCAUGUUGGUUUUGGCACCAUGGAAGAUGCAGAGACUUUAGCAGUUGCAGAGAGAGAUAUAUGGCUAAACAGUGACCAAGAUGAAUUCCUAGGUGUCAAUGAUGCCUCCAUGUUCUACGCUGACUUCCCUCCUUUACCUGAUUUCCCUUGCAUGUCGUCGUCAUCAUCAUCUUCUUCAGCUCCAGCACUUCCUGUGAAGACCAUGACAUGUUCCACCACCACCACCACCACCACAUCUUCUUCCUCCUCCGCUUCGUCCUCCUCGGCGGCUUCGUGGGCGGUUUUGAAGUCAGAGGCCGAGGAAGAAGCGGAGAAGAAGAGUUUUAAUUACAUGCAGCAUCAGCAUGAUCAACUUGAUGCAACUACCCCCGUCGCUUUGUCUUCUACUGCAUCCAUGGAGAUUUCUCAACAGCACCACCCUGAUCCUGGUCUUGGUGGCACUGUAGGAGAGUGCAUGGAUGAUGUUAUGGACACAUUUGGGUACAUGGAGCUCUUAGAAGCCAAUGAUUUCUUUGACCCUGCGUGUAUUUUUCAGAAUGAAGAGAACCCUUUGGUAGAAUUUGCAACACUGCAGGAACAUGUGCCAAUGCAAGAGGAACAGCAUGCAAUGGUGCAUCAGCAUGGGGUGAUAGAGGAAGAACAAGAUCAUGAAGUUCCUGUGUGUGAAGAGAUCCAUGAAGAGGAAGAAGGAGGUGGUGAUGAUGGUGGUGGUGGUGAUGAUGGUGGUGGUGGGGAUGAUGAAAUGAGCACGGUGUUCUUGGAGUGGCUCAAGUCUAAUAAAGAUAGUGUUUCUGCAACUGACUUGAGGAGUGUGAAGCUCAAGAAGGCAACAAUUGAAAGUGCGGCAAGGCGUUUGGGUGGAGGAAAAGAAGCUAUGAAGCAGUUGCUGAAGUUGAUUCUUGAAUGGGUUCAAACCAGCCAUCUGCAAAAUAAAAGGCGCAAGGAGAAUAAUAGCAUUGACAAUGCAUUGCCAUCAAGUCUCCACUCACAGUUUCAGGAUCCUAGUAGUCAGAACCAAAACACAAACACUGGUUCCAACAUGAACCAAAACCCAAGUUCAUUUGCACCUGAAUCAAACGCUUGUUUCAAUAAUCAGACACCUUGGCUGUCUCCACAACCUUUUGGGACAGACCAAGCUCAUCUCAUGGUGCCUCCACCGCCAUAUCCACAACCCAUGGUUGGGUAUGUGGGUGACCCUUACUCAAAUUGUGGGGGUGCUGCUUCAAAUAACAUCACUGGUACUCAUAACCGCAACCCUUACCAUCCUGGUACAGAUCAGUAUCACAUGUUGGAAACAGCACAUUCAUGGCCUCAUUCUCAGUUCAAUGUUGGUUCUCACUAUAGCCAAUCAUUUGGGGACAAUAAUCUUUUCCAACAUGGUGCUUUUGGCGGCUAUGGAAAUAAUCAGUACCCUUAUCAGUUUUUUCAUGGCCCUGGUGAUAGGUUGAUGAGAUUAGGUCCUUCAGCUACCAAAGAAGCAAGGAAGAAGAGGAUGGCAAGGCAGAGAAGGUUUUUGACUCAUCAAAGGCAUCAUAAUAAUCACCCUCAGAAUCAUGGUCCUGACCCACAUGUAAGAUUGGGAAGUGAUAAUUGCACCACUGUUGUAGCUACGCCUCAUGCAAAUCCUGCAGCCAAUUGGAUGUACUGGCAAGCUAUGGCUGGUGGUGGAGCGUCUUCGAUGGCGCCCGCGGUUCCUGUUGAGCCACCGGCUGGGCAACAGGUGGUGGACCGGCAGGCCCUGCAGACACAGAAUUGUCAUCCGGGUCGAAUCGCAUCGGACAGGAGACAGGGUUGGAAGCCUGAGAAGAACUUGAGGUUUCUUCUGCAAAAGGUGUUGAAGCAAAGUGAUGUGGGAAGUUUGGGGAGAAUCGUGUUGCCAAAAAAAGAGGCAGAAACCCAUUUGCCAGAACUGGAGGCAAGAGAUGGAAUUUCAAUAACAAUGGAAGACAUUGGAACUUCUCGUGUUUGGAAUAUGCGCUAUAGAUACUGGCCAAACAACAAAAGUAGAAUGUAUUUGCUUGAGAACACUGGAGACUUUGUUAGAGCCAACGGACUCCAAGAGGGUGAUUUCAUAGUGAUAUAUUCAGAUGUGAAGUGUGGCAAAUUUAUGAUAAGAGGAGUGAAAGUGAGGCAACAAGGUGUGAAAUCAGAUAGCAAGAAAGCAGGAAAAUCGCAGAAAAACCAGCAUGGGACUAAUGCAGCAACUACAGCUGGUACAGCUGCAAAUAAUGGCACGCCAUCGUCACCAAAGCCAAAAGCUGAAAAAGGAGUAAAUUAA